GGGAGACGGAGUACCAUGGCCAUGGCGUUGCUGACAAUCUGACUGUCUCCCCCUUCAUGCAUGUCGUUCUGCUUUUCUUUUUCCCUACAUUACUUUUUUCAAGACCGCCUUAACCGAUAUCCGGGGCUUCCACUGGGGCUCUGCCUUGCCUCUGACCUAUAUUAAUCCCGAUUCUCCAACUCGGCCCUUUCUCCCCCUCUGUCAAAGCUUACGGGGCCGGCCGAAUACCAGUAGGAUCCAGUGUGAUACCUUCUUUUCAUUCCUUUCUCGACGGUACCCUGUGACGAUACCUUUGCUUUCGCCGCUUAUCCACAAUGGCCGAAUAUCCUGUUCCCUACAAUGGGACUGGCGCAAACGGUGGAGAUUCCCUCAGGGAAGAUCUCAACAUCUACUACAGCUCUGGUGAUAUUGCGUGGGUCAUCAUGUCAACAGCUCUCGUCCUUCUUAUGAUUCCCGGUGUAGGAUUCUUCUACUCCGGUCUAGCUCGCCGAAAGUCCGCCCUCUCCUUGAUAUGGCUUUCGCUUAUGUCCAUCGGUGUCGUCUCGUUCCAAUGGUUCUUCUGGGGUUAUUCAUUGGCCUUCUCUCACAGUGCCGGAAAGUACAUUGGUAACUUGGAUAACUUUGGAUUCAAGGGUGUCCUGGCUGCCCCUUCAGUGGGAUCAAGCAAGGUCCCUGAUCUUCUCUUUGCUGUCUUUCAGGGAAUGUUCGCUGCGAUUACGGUUGCUCUCGCUGUUGGCGCGGUUGCGGAACGUGGUCGUAUGCUUCCCUGCAUGAUCUUCGUCUUUAUUUGGAGUACUAUCAUCUAUGACCCUGUCGCCUGCUGGACCUGGAACGCCUCCGGGUGGGUCUUCAACCUGGGUGGCUUGGACUUCGCGGGUGGCACUCCUGUCCAUAUUGUCUCUGGUACGACUGCUCUGGCGUACUCUCUAAUGCUCGGCAAGCGCCGUGGUCACGGAACUCACGAGCUCAACUACCGCCCCCACAACGUUACCCACGUCGUUAUCGGUACCGUCUUCCUCUGGGUCGGUUGGUUCGGUUUCAACGCCGGUUCCGCCCUGAGCGCUAACCUUCGCGCCGUGAUGGCUGCUGUCGUUACCAACCUGGCUGCCGCUGUUGGUGGUGUUACCUGGUGCUUGCUUGACUACCGCCUGGAGAGGAAGUGGUCGACGGUUGGCUUCUGCUCCGGUGUGAUUUCCGGCCUGGUCGCCAUUACUCCUGGUUCCGGUUUCGUUACCCCAUGGGCUGCUUUCAUCUUCGGUGUUGUCGGAGCCAUCUCUUGCAACUAUGCGACCAAGCUCAAGUACGUCAUCAAGGUCGAUGAUGCUCUUGAUAUCUUCGCCGUCCAUGGAAUUGGUGGUCUCGUCGGUAACCUCCUGACUGGUCUCUUUGCUGCUAACUACAUUGCUCACCUUGACGGCGUCACCGAGAUCGACGGCGGCUGGAUCAACCAAAACUACAUCCAGCUCGGCUACCAGCUCGCCGACUCUGUCUCUGGAAUGGCCUAUUCCUUCUUCGGAAGCUGCCUUAUUCUUUUCAUCAUCAACAUGAUCCCCGGCCUAAGCCUGCGCGCCUCAGAGGAGGACGAGAUUCUUGGUAUUGACGACGCCGAGAUUGGCGAGUUCGCUUAUGACUAUGUCGAACUUACCCGCGACGUCAUCAACGCCACCACGGAGCAAAUCGACGGUGCCUCCAAGCGCAGCACUACUCCCCCAGGCGCCGUUGACCCCUCCACGGAACUCAAGGCGUAAAUAAUGAACCUACCACUCGAGGUUGCGAGCGAUAUAAGAUGGACAGAAUAGGACAGCAUCACAGCGCGAGUGUUUCCACAAUCUGCCUGCCUGUUUGACGCUUCUUAUUCAUCUAUCUAUACCUAUCCACCUCUCUCUUUCUUUGUUUAUAGUGAUGAUAUGAUAUCAAUUUCCUUAUCUUCAUGUGUAUUGCAGGGCGCAGGGUUACGCUGUCUGUUUGUCCGUCCAGGGUUGUAUAUA